GGUUUGAGACACAUCCGUUGGCUAUCGUUGAGUUAGUCCUUCCUCUUCACACACUCCCUCACUCCUGACAGCUGCUACACUACUGACAGAUACGCUCCACAAUAUCUACACCAGACAGUCUUAACACAGCUUUACGCGUUUAUUUUUCAUAAGUUAUAUUCAGUCGCGUUUUUACAUGGACUACGCGCUUAUUACGACAAAGCGAGCUGAAUUCAUUUGUGUUUUUGCCGGGCGGAUAGAGGCUAUCGCUAUAGCAGGCUAAUCUGUGUUUGCUAACAGGCUUCAGUUCAGACUGAAGGUUUGAAAUAUCAGUAUAUUCAUAAACACACAAACAUGGAGUUCAACGUUAGACGACUAGCAGCGGACGCGGGCACUUUCCUCAGUCGUGCUGUGCAGUUCACAGAGGAGAAGUUUGGGCAGGCAGAGAAGACUGAGCUGGACGCCCAUCUAGAGACCCUUUUGAGUCGGGCAGAAUCCACCAAGCACUGGACAGAGAAGAUCAUGAAACAGACAGAAGUUUUGCUGCAGCCGAACCCUAAUGUCCGGGUGGAGGAGUUCUUAUACGAGAUGCUGGACAAAAAAGUCCCAAUGCGUGCCAACAACCACGAGUUACUGGGGGAGUGCAUGAUCGACUCAGGACACGAGUUUGGACCUGGAACAGCAUACGGUAGUGCUCUCAUUAAAUGUGGGGAGACUGAGAAGCUGUUAGGCAGCGCAGAAAAAGAGCUCAUUCAGAGCUCCGCCAUUAAUUUCCUCACUCCCUUUAGGAACUUCAUCGAGGGAGAUUUUAAAACCAUAUUGAAAGAACGCAAACUGCUUCAGAAUAAGCGUCUAAAUCUGGAUGCAGCCAAAAACAGACUGAAGAAGGCCAGAGUGGCUGAUGCUCGCUCUGCAGAGCUGAACUCAAGCCCUCCGCUGGGAGAGGAGUAUGUGGCUCACUUUUCUUACAUGCUCAGCUUCUUGCAUGUCAGGUGGCUAAAGCUGUGGGCUGAGGAGGUGCAGCAGGCAGAGACAGAACUGAGGAUAGCACAGAGUGAGUUUGACCGGCAGGCCGAGAUCACCAGACUUCUGCUGGAGGGUAUCAGCAGCACACAUGCUCAUCAUUUGCGCUGUCUGAAUGAUUUUGUGGACGCUCAAGCUGCAUAUUAUGCCCAGUGUUACCAGUACAUGGUCAAUCUGCAGAAACAGCUGGGAAGUCAAAAUGCAAUCUUUCCAUCCACAUUCUCUAAUAACAAUCAGCAGGCUGGCAGCUCUUCUGCCAGCAUCUCAGUUCCCACGGCACAGCCAGCCGCCUCACUGCCCGCUCCGCCGCCCAGCCAGACCUCACCCGCACUCAACGAGCUCCGCAGCACCUCAGGCACCCGCAAGGCUCGUGUGCUCUACGACUAUGACGCUGCCAGCAGCAGUGAGCUCUCUCUACUCGCCGAUGAGGUGAUCACCGUGAGCAGUGUGCCGGGCAUGGACACUGAUUGGCUGAUGGGGCAAAGGGGGAAUCAGAAAGGCAAAGUGCCAUUUACCUACUUGGAGCUGCUCAAUUAAGGUCACAGACCAAGCUGCACACACUGGAUGCUAAUUUUGAAAACCACCAUAGUAACAGUGAACUGAUACACUGGCAUGAAUCUUGACCACUGGGUGGCAGUAUUUUCAAUUUGUGAAGAUAUGUAAACACUGCAGCUAAAAUCUACUAACAUACCUCUUAAUAAUGGUGCGGAGUGUAAUUUCACUGUAGUGGCGCCAAACAGAACCAGAACUGCAAAAAUAGUGACAGUGUGUGGAAACCGUUUCCAAACACUC